UGCUACUAAUCAGUAGUGUCUCUAGCCUCAACUUUCAAUGUGCGUGAAGCCCCUCAGGAGGAGUCUGGUGGGACGGACUGAGAUGGCUCAGGAAGCAGCCCGCGGGUAGCAGGGCAGAGAGCUGCCCUCCCUCAGCAAUGGCAAAGCGUAAGCAACGUCAACGAAAACUGAGAGCCAGAGCAAAAUUCCUAAUGGAAAAAAAAGGAGAUGCAACUAACUUCCAGGGCUCAGGUUGUCCCUCUCCAAGGUCAGCAGGUGAUCUUCCUCUGAACACAUCUCCUGUCCAAAGCCGUCUGUCCUCAAUCUGGUCAUUAGCAUUGCCCAGUGUAAAAACUGUAGUAAAACCCUUUACAGUAACAGCAUCGCUUUUGUACUGUUGGUGCCAGAACACUGUUACACAGAGUUUUAAAGUGGUUAAAGACACCAUAUUUCCAUCGCAAAUCUACUUAAAGGAGCUAAAUACGUUUAGAGAGCAGCUGGGAAAGUUGGAAACUGAACUUUCCAGAUUACAAGGAAUACUCCAGGUGAAUGGAAUCGCAACUUUGUCUUCAGAAAAUUCUCUUUGUCAAAGGUGUAAUAAGCCAGUUCUGGGUGCUCCUGUGCAAACGCAGACGGAGCUGCCGUCAUCAGUAUCUGGGCCUUCUGCAGUACAACUGCAACCUGUAUCUGCACCCCCUCCACCUCUUCCGCCUCCACCGCCACCACCACCUCUGCCCCCACCGCAGCUGCCUCCAGCACCUCUCCUUCUCAAACGGGGCAGCAGCUCUAAAGCACUUCUGGAGACAUCACUAAAAAAAGAUGGGCCAAUGCAUAUCACUCUCAAAGAUCUUCUGAAUGUAAAACUGAAGAAAAUAGACAGCAACCUGAGAAUGGACAAGGCAGGAUCACCAGUGAAGACACGCAGGGCAUUAAUUACAGUCUCAGAUUUACAGAGCAUUAGUCUGAGACCUAAAUCCAAGCCAUCAGCUCACAUUACAAACUGCUUAAUUACCCCUGCUAAAAAUCAGUUAGAUCUUCGAAAACAUCUUAAGAAAGUCAAUAUGCAAAGAAGUCCUGGGGGCACUCCACUAAACGCUAAAGAAAACAUUGAGUGCGGCACUGGGUUGACACCAAUAAUGACACAGGCACUACGACGCAAAUUUCAGAUGGCUCAUCCGAAGAGUCCCUCUCCAGCCCGGUUAAACGCUGCAAACAGCUUCGAUGAACAGAAGUAGAUUUAUGGAACAGUGUAUUUUGUUCAGUUACGGUGAGGAAGCCACUUGAACCCCACUUUCCUAUCACUCAGGCAUAAUGUAUUUGUAAGUAAAUCUAACGCAGAAGAGAAAGGGGAGUGCUGAAAAACCUUUAGAAGAAUUCUGCUUUUUAAAGGCAGCAUCUUUAUAAUGUGUCUCAAUCUGGUUAUAUCUUAUCUGUUAAUGGACACAAUUGAAUGAAAUAUUCUGAGUCCUUUUAAUAUUUGGCUGGUGCUGAAACUUUCAAAAAAUAAGUAGGGACUGUUAUGUUCCUGGCUUGGUGCUGCUUGUAAUGUAAGUGCAUUUGUUCACUUAAAUUUAAUAUUAUUUUUAUAUUUUUGUAACAAAAAAGAUCUUGACCGUAGUUAUACAGAUGCGAAGAAAAGAAGCAAUUUGGUGCUCUAAUAUUAUUAAAGUGCGGGGCUGCAAGUUUCCACAAACAAUACAAUUCUUACGUGCCUAAGAAAGUAUGACAUAAUUAAUGUAUGUGUCAUUUCUGGCUGGUGUUGGCUCACGUAUCAUGUAAAAAGAGAGACUGCAUCGCUUAAAGGCAGGUAACUGAAAGCCUUCUAGAGUUUCGAGGCAAGUUCACAAACAGCUGCAGCGGAGGCUUCUCCCAGUUACAGCCAUUGCUUCCGUGGCAGAGUUGGCGUAGAGACCACGUGUCUGUACCUGUGGCCCUUCCCUCCAGCCCAGGAUAAGGACCUGCUUUCCCGGAGAGUCCUGCAUUGGUUCUGCUGGCAGAAAACAACCCAGCCGUGGUGGUGUCCCUCAGAGCGCUGCGCCCCGAUCCACCCCGCGCCUUUGGGGAGAAUCGCUGCGCAACGGAAUUGCCUGUCUGGGGAGAACUGGGCUGCUCUGGGAGAUGUUCCGAGAUUUCCAGUAUUGAUGAUCUACAGUACUCAGAGCUCCUCUCUAGUGUUGAAAAGAUAGCGUCAACUCGUUUCGCUCUAACGACCGCUUCGCUCCUGUUACCACUACUCAGUUGUAUUUUAUGAUGGCUAUUACUGGCUUAUUGCAAAAUAUCGCUGAUACACGUC